AUGUGUGAUUGUAUCUUGGUGUUGUUAGCGUUAGUGUUCCCACCAUUCCCAGUCUGGGUCAAAUGUGGGCUUUGUUCAGCUGAGUCAUUAAUCAGUAUUGCUCUGAGUAUAUUGGGAUAUAUACCAGGUGUGAUAUAUGCUCUUUAUGUGAUAGCCAAAUACCCUAUACGUUAUGUGGUUAUAGAUGAGGAAGCCCAAGUGUAUAGAUGUCACCCAUCUCAUCACAGAGUGCAACAAGGUCCUCCAAGGGUUAUCAUCAGAGAAAGAGUUGGUACUCCAAGUUCAGAACAAAUCAUAUCAAAUUCUAAUAAUCAAUUUUAUGGAUCAACUAGUAAUGAUAAUCCUCCUGAUUAUGAAGAAGUGUUGCAACAACAGCAACAUCAACAGCAACAACAUCCACCUAGAGGGAAAUAA